AUGACGGACCAGAUCAAAACAGAUAGCACCCACCACCAACAUGUCCUCGACGACGAGACUAUCAAACACGCCGACCGCGCCGCUGCCCUCGCAAAUGGCGAGCGUGUCCUCCUCACAGAGGAAGACUCCAAGCGCAUCUGUCGCAAAACCGACAAGCGCAUCCUCGUCGUCUUGAUGUGGGUUUACUUCCUACAAAUCGUCGACAAGACCGUGCUCGGAUACGGAGCCACUUUCGGUCUGCGUGAGGACACGGGUUUGACGGGUAGUCAGUAUUCACUGGUUGGCUCCAUUUCAUCUAUCGCGCAAUUGGCGUGGCAGCCCAUGUCGUCGUAUUUGAUCGUGCGUGUGCCACAUCGAGUUUUGAUGCCUACCCUUGUCUUGGGAUGGGGUAUUUCGGCAGCGACGAUGGCUGCUUGUCAUAAUUUCAGUGGCCUUUUGGUGACUCGAUUCUUUUUGGGUUUGUUUGAGGCUGGUUGUUUGCCGUUGUUUAGUGUCAUUACUGCUCAAUGGUAUCGACGAGCUGAGCAGCCCUUGAGAGUGGCUCUGUGGUACGGCACGAACGGUAUCGGCAAUCUUUUCUCCGCUGCACUGAGUGUUGGUCUUGCCCAUAUUCACUCGCACGUGCUGCGAUCAUGGCAAAUUAUCUUCCUUUUCGUCGGAUUACUCACCGUUGCUUCCGUUCCCAUGAUCUUCUUGUUGCUUGACAACGACAUCGCCUCUGCACGAUUCCUUAAUGAGGAAGAAAAGCGCAUGGCCGUUGAACGUCUCCGAGCCAAUCAGACCGGUACUGGUUCUCGCGAGUACAAAUGGAAACACGUCUGGGAAGCACUUAUCGAACCCAAGACAUGGCUCUUCUUCUCCAUGAGUUUCCUGCUCAACGUCGGCGCCAGCGUGACCAACAUCUUUGGCCCACUCAUCUUGAAGGGAUUCGGGUUCGAUUCCUACACGACUAGUCUGCUGAACAUGCCAUUCGGUGUCAUGCAAACCUCGGUCAUUCUGCUAGGUUGCUACCUAGCACAAAAGACAAGCAUCAAAGCCAGUAUUUUGCUCGCCUUGAUCGCCCCCGUCGUCGCCGGUCUGGCAAUUCUCUACGCCGUCCCCCAUGCAGGCCACACCGCCGCCUUGCUGGUGGGCUACUACCUCCUCGCCUUCCUCUUCGGUGGUAACCCUUUGAUCGUCUCCUGGAUCGUUGGAAACACCGGUGGCGCCACAAAACGUUCCUUUGUAGCCAGCAUGUACAACGCCGCCAGCAGCGCUGGUAACAUCGUUGGUCCCUUACUCUUCAACUCCAAGGAUGCACCCACUUACCAUCCCGGUCUACGCGACUGUCUUGCCAUUUUCAUUGCACUUCUUGUCGUGGUCGCCUUGCAAUGGGGAAAUCUCAUGUGGUUGAACAAGCGCCAGGAGAAAAAGCGAGUCGCAAAUGGUAAACCCGCCAAGAUGGUGGAUCAUUCCAUGCAGAAACAUUACCAUGAUUUCGCCGAGGACAACAAGCCGUCCAAUAUGGUUGAGCAAGUUGAGCGAACAGAGACACAACAGACCACUGGUAAAGGGUUGGAGAUGCAGGAGGAGAUUGGUGAAAAUGCGUUUUUGGAUUUGACGGAUCGUCAAAAUGAUGAGUUUGUGUAUAUUUACUAG